UCUCUCUUUUGAAUGAUUCCACUGAAGCGAAAUGGUGUGUUUGUUUUAGCUGCGUCUUGAAUUAUUCGGGUCAGUGGCCAGUGUAAGAAACAGUUAAAGCAAGGAUAUAGUUUAGAACUGAAAUUCGGCUUCACUUCCUGUAUGAUGAUCUUUCCUCUCAGCUAUUCAUAAAGGAUUAGUUUCAAUUACAAAAAUGGGUGAAGAAAUAUAUUUCACUAAGUAGUGUGAGAAUGGAUAUAGAGUAUUUGAAAAUGGCCGUUGGAAAGUACCUAUGUGAGGCUCUGACGGACUUAGCUAUACGGCGUCCAGAAAGGCCAAUUGAAUACUUAGCUUAUUCUUUGAUCGCUCUGCACGAAAGGGAGCUUGAAAAGCAACGGUAUGAAGAAACUAAAACACAAAUACCUAAGGAAAACGUGGAGAGAAUGAAAUCUCUGAUAGCUUUUGAUUCUGCAGCCACAGUGGAAGAAAUGAUUGCUCCUUUCCUAACUGAUUCAGUUACUGAACAUAAAAUCAUUCUUGAAACCUCUCCAUCCACUGAGAGGAUAGAAGAAUCAGUUUCUCAGUCUAAUUUGAUACCCCUUGAUGGUAUGUCGAGUUCUAAGAUUUCCUUGGACAGAGUAUCAGGUUCCAAGACUUCCUUGGACAAGGAGUCUGGCUCUAAAAUUUCUUUGGACGAGUCAGGUUCCAGUCCAGAGAGGUCCUUGAGUAGAGACUCUGGUUCUAGGAUUUCCUUGCACAAGGAAUCUGGCUCCAAGAGUUCAUUGGGCAUGGAAUCAAGUUAUAAAAGUUCUUUGGGCAGGGAAACAGAUUCCAGAAGUUCAUUAGACAGUGAAACAGAUUCCAGAGUAUCUCUGGAUGGGGAAUCGAAGAAGCACAAUAUUUCACACCCCAGAGUUGGAACUGACAUUGAAAGUGCUUCCAAGACUGCUGUAGACGAGAUUAUUUCAGAUUCUAUUACUUCUUUGCGUAGGAUGUCACAACCUAGGAUGAGUGUAGACUUAGUAUCUGAACCUAAGACUGCUCCAGAGAGUGAGUCAAGUUCCCAGACCUUCAUGCGUAAGCUUAGUGAAACAAUAUAUGGUUCAAGAAUUCGCUCAAAAAGCCAAAUAGAAGAAUCCCUUGCUAUGACUUUCGAAUCAGUAUCUUCCGUUUUGACGGGCUCUGAUGUCACCGAAGACAAGAAAGAAACUUUUUUGCCAUCUGAAGAAGGAUAGAAGUUAAUAUUUUGUGCUAAAAUUUGAAUGUGAUAAGAAAGUUGGAUACUGUAUAAAAGGAAAUGUCGUUUAAAUGUAUUUAUCUGUAACACCUUUACAUUAUGUACCUUUAAUCAAUGUGCAUUAAGUUUUAGCUAUGAACCAUUAAUUCCCGUUUUGUUUUACAUUUGUUCUGCUUUAAAGCCUUCAGUGAAAAAAAAAAUAACAGCAAAAAAGUGUUCAUGAAAAGAAAGCUUUAUGAGUUUUUUAUCUAUAUUUUUAAAUUCCAUUCUCUAGUGAAAUGUGUAGAUGAAAAAUAAAUCUUAAUUCUCUUUA